AUUGACAGUGUUUUGUUUUCCCUUCACGUCACACAAAUACAAGUUGCGACAAGUAGCAUGGCCUAUGUUUUUCUAUUUUGUCGUGUUUCUAAUCUCUAACCUUUGUUCAAUGCGCCCAACGUUAUGACUCUUAAAUCUGCAUUUUGCAACAGAUUUACAGAUUCAUAGAAGUCCUAUUCUAAGUACAGCCGAAGGCCGUCGACAUCCUUUGUUGUUUUGCACUGACAGACUUAGACUUUUAACAUGUGGUGUUUAGUAUCAUCAACCGGCCAAGUGUCGUACAACAUCACUCCUGGUAAAGUCCACACUGUCAGCCGGAAAGUUGGUGAUAUUAUCUUGGCCAAUGAUCAAUCAGUUAGUCGAAAACAUGCCUUUCUUGAAGUGAAAUAUCCAGUCACAGAUGGCAUAUAUGUCUGGGAUGACAAUUCUAAAUAUGGUAGUUUCGUUAAUGAUGGUAUCAAAUCAAAUGUUAGACUAGAAAAAGAGAAAAAAUAUACUCUGCGGGAGGGUGACACGGUGCGCUUUGGACUUCAAGAUAAUAUUUGGACUUUAAAACGAGAAGUACCUCUUGUGUAUGGGCACAUGCUGAAACCUCCUGAACUAAAGAAAAUUAUAUCAGCAGUUUCUAAAAGUGGAGGUAAAUAUGCCGGAAAGUGGACAAAAGAUAUCACCCAUCUCUGCACAAACACUCUCCAUCUUACUCAUGAGAUCAUGUGCACCUUAGCAUCUGCUAAACCUAUAGUUACUCCAUUGUUCUGGGAGCAUUACACCUUAAUGUUGGCUGGAAAAGGAGCACUUGCAGAUCCUGCUAAAUUUAUUCCUACAAUUCACGAUUCUGAAUUGUCAGGAAGAGAAAAUUUAUGCCUUCCAAAUGCAGCUCGAAAAUCUCUCUUCAAAGACAAACUUUUUAUCAUUCCUUACUCUAAAAAUUUUGAAAUAUUAAAAACAAUAAUAGAACUGGCAGGAGGAAAAGCAAUUAAGCUUUCUGACUGCAAACUACCUAGAGAAGAUUAUUGCAAACCAAAUGUUGUACUUUUGAAAUGUCCUGAUAGCUCAGAGGAAACAGCCCUUUACAAACAAGUUUUAAAUAAAGUAUCAGAGAGUAGAAGGCAUGCCGUUCCAGAAGAAGACAUUGGACUUGCUCUUUGGAAAGUAUCCACAGAGAAGUACUGCAAUCCUGCUUUUUCUUCCAGUCAGAUUUUACGCAAUCCAUUGGAAACUCCCUCACAACCAGACACUGGCGCAACCUUAGUUCAAGAUACAGAGGAUGUGCGUGGUGCAUCCACAGGACAAACUGAAACAGACCAAUCUCUGGUAAUACCACCGUCAUGUUCUGAUAAUAUGUAUUCAACUGACAAUACAACUCAAUCCCUCAGUGUUAGACCUGUAGCUCAAAGAAAAGUUGAAACAUCUGAACCUGCUCCUGGCCCAUCUCGUAAAAGGUACAGUGAAGAGAAUUCUGAAAACGUCAGUGGUCAAAGGUCAAAAUCUGUUAAAAGUGAACCCAAAAGUCAAGAAGACGAAGACUUGUUUGCUGAUGAUGCUACGGAACCGAGUUUGAGUAAUAUUAGUGUUGGUGCUACAAUUGUACCUGAACCAAGUAUGAGCAACGUUAGUAUUUGUGUUACAAAUACACCCCGUUCAAAGGUGGAAAAGAUACAAGCUCAUAGUAGAGAUGAUGAUGAUGAUGACGACUUCUUCCUCCCAUCUCCCCCGAAGAGAAAGAAGCCUAAGAAGUCAGAAGUUACAGAUGAUAUGUUUGAUUUACCAGAACCACCUCCAACCCAAGUUUCUAAAAAUAAUAUUGAAGAUGAUGACUUCGAUUUACCCUCUCCCAGAAAACUAUCUCUGAAUUCUAAAAGGGCCAAUAAAUCAGCAAAUUCUUCUGCUCUUAAUCAAAGUGAUGACAUGUUUCAAAGUCUGGAGUCAACUUGUGGGGCUUCUACAUCACAUUCAGCAAAAAGAAAGGGAAGAAAUGACUCUGAAUCUGAAGUUCCCCCUCCGAAGCGGCCUACCAAUGGAUGUGUUGAUAUCACCAAUGUACAUGGAUCAACAGUUGCCCCACACAUCAAAACCAAUAAUUUUAUAUCUAAAACUGAUAUUAAACGUAUCAAAAAGGAGGAAUCAGAUCAAGAACAAAAUGAUGAGGAUGAAAUUUGUAUCAGACUUCAAGCAAAGGUUGUUCUUGUUCCUCUUUUAAUUAGGCCAAGAGAAUCCCCAAAAUUAGACAAUUCUAAAAGCACUAAUUCUUCAGUGAAAAAUUUUAAAAAAUUCAGAAAGAAUUGGGGAGGAAAUAACUCAGCCGAUCGACACCAGGUCACAACUAAUCGUGUGCUCAUAACAACUACUGCCAAUAGGUCUAGUUUUAGCACCAAUGCCAAUUCAGAUGAAGAUGAAGAUGAUCCAUUUUCACCUGAAAGACCUGUCCAACGUCGUACCAAUGGCAAUACCCGCAAUAACGUUCAUCAUUCUGAAGAUGAAGAUGAUGAGUUUGCUCUUCCCUCAUUCUCUCAAGUCUAAUGUUUUUCUUCAGUAUUAUUUUUCUUACAUUUUAUAGUUUAAACGUUGUACAAUACUUCAAAAUAUGUAGCAUGUUAUUUGAAUUGCAUCUUCUUAAAGAAACCUCAGAAAAUCAAAAAUGCAGAAGUUUUCUGUUGUACAGUUCUUUUCUUUUUUAUCUACUAAACUAUCUGCUCCAGCUAUUAUGGAGCUCUGCUUUUUUGGAGUUUAUAUUAUUCUCAAUAAAAGAAAAAGAAUCCUCU